UCUUUAACACAUGGGGAAUUGUCAAACGGCGGAGGCAGCGACGGUUUUGAUCCAUCACCCGGCGGAGAACAAGGUGGAGAGGAUAUACUGGUCGGUGAAAGCAAGUGACGUCAUGAGUUCCAAUCCUGGCCAUUACGUUGCAGUGGUGGUGACAUCACCGACAUUGAGGAGCGAGAAAGGAUCUCCGUUGAAGCAGCUUAAGCUCCUCCGACCAGAUGACACUUUACUCAUCGGACAUGUUUAUCGUCUCGUCAGCUUUGAAGAGGUUUUGAACGAGUUUGCGACGAAGAAGUGUGUGAAGCUUGGGAAGCUAUUGAAAGAAGGAGGAGGACUUGAGCUGAAGAAGAAGAAGAGGAAACACAAGAAGAAGACGGAUCAAGAAACGGGUCGGAUCAACCGUCAAUCUGAUCCGAGUGAAAAUGUGGCUGAUGAUACGGGGGUGGAAGACGACGGUGGAGAUGACUUUGUGAGGCGGAGCCACAGCGGAGAAAGAGGUGGCGGUUGCUGGAGGCCAGCUUUACACAGCAUUCCGGAACUUGGACCCUCAUGAGACUUCAAAAGCGUAGAUAUUCCUUGAAGCUAUCCGACAACAUUGAAAGUUUUAUGUAAAGCGAUGUUAUUAGUGUUAUAUAUGCUUUAAUGGAGAUUCAAAAUAUGUUAAA